CGAAGGACCGACUAAAGUUUGGUGRUCCUUGAAUCUCUCCAAAUUUAUGUUUUGAGGGUAGUUCUAAAUGUUAUAGUUAACCCUGAACAGUAGCACGAUGUUCGGGGGAAAGCGUUCUAGUAUUCCUGUGCCAGGAACGACUUCAAAAUCCARCAUUCCUGUAGUCAAAAAGACAAACGGUAAGACAAAUCCUUCGACAACAUCACGAAAUGGGUCAGAAAAUACAAAAUCCAGUAUUCCUAGCCCUAAUGGAAGAUCUAAUACGAGCCCAAGUCGUCCUAAUGGAUCUAAAACUCAGGCAAUAAAACCACCUAAUAGGGAUUUGCCUARUGACCCAAAGAUACUGAAGGCGCAAAUACUCGACUUACAAACAAAGUUGGGUGCCAAGGACGAGGCACUGAACGAGCUGAACCAGAAACUCACCAGGAAGGCGGAAGAAUGUUCAGAUCUUGAGGAUGAGAUGGAUACUGUAAGAAGACGAAACUCCGUUGAUCUGCAACAGAUAACUAAGGAUUACGUGGAGCUUCAGGAAAGAUUCCAAGCUGAACAACACAAAGUCUCUGAAAUGGAGAAAAAAUAUAGUGAAGAGAAAGAAUGUUUGCAGUUGGAGCUUGACGUGCAGAAGGGUGAACAUGAGAUGGAGCUACAGAUGUUGAGAAAAGAACUUAUCGAUGUAAGGAAUAAGAGUGAACAAAGAGGUAUCCCAGUAGACCCAGAAAGAACCCUUCUUGUGGCAAAYUACGAAAGAGAGAUUCAAACUUUGAAGGACGAAUUACAGCUACAGAGCCAGAAAGUACACGAAGCGACUGRAAAACUCGAACAGAAAGAGUUUGAAUUGCUAGAAAAAGUGAACGAAGUGAAAAACCAGAGUGAAGCAAAACAAGAGUUCCUYGUUGCAGAACACAAAGCUGAGAUCACGAAAAUAAAAGAAAAGCAGUUGAGUGAAGUUUUACAGGACGGCGAAGAACAAAUGGCUUUGGAAUCACUGAAGCAAGAACACGAGACAUAUGUUAAAGCAAUGAAAGACCAGUUUGACAUCGAUUUGCAAAAGCUUAAGAAAGGAAUGGAAGAAGUGAGCAGGAAGGUAGAGUUGAAAGAGAUGGAGGCAGCGGAUGACCUCAUGACCAUGCGCAAUGAGUACGAGACUCAAAUUGCAUGUUUGAGAGAAGAGCUCAGAAACAGAGAGGAGCUUCUAGAAACCACAGAAWCUAGAAAUAAUAUUCUAGUAGAACAGUUGAAACAGGAACACAACCAGGAAAUAAAGGAGCUACAAGAAUCACAUAAAAAAGAGAUUGAGAGAAUUCAACUUGACAACCAAGGGAGAGAAAGCAGUGAAGACUUCAAAACGGGAAACCUAGAGAAUGAGUUGCAGCAGAAGAGACAGCUUGAAGCCUAUGAACAGGAAAUUAGGAAUCUUAAAGCCGAGCUUAAGAAGGAAAGAUUGGACUUCACUGAGGCAAGAGAGUUGCUUGAAAAUAAUAUCACUGAUAUGGAAAAUGAAAUGAAGGAAAAAGAAGAAAAAAUACGAAGAGAACUCGGUGAACAACACAAAAAUGAAAUUGAAGCUUUGAACGACAACCAUGAAAAAAUUCUUCAAGAUAAGCAAAAUUUGCACAAACAAGAAAUGGUGGAAGUAAGAAAAGAAKAUGAACAGCUUCUUGCUGAAGCUAAAGAAAAUUCAAAGGCGGGAAAACAAGAAAUCGAUGUCAAAGUCCAGGAACAACAACACGAGCAUGAAAAAAAAAUUGAAGAACUUAAGUUGAAGCACGAUUUGGAGCUAGAAAACCUACAGGAGACUUUGGAAAACUUGCAGAUGGACCACGAAGAACUGCAGACAGAGUAUGACUUAGUUGUCAACGAUUUGGCCAGCGAAUUGGAGACCACGAAGCUUAGAGUUAAAGGAGAUAGACGUAGAAGCUCUGGAGUCUUGAAAGAACACAUUGGUAAACUGAAAAACAGUAAUGUUGAGAGUAUCCAGCACCUGACCGAGGAACUGAAAGAAUCGAAAAGAAUCAUUGCAUCUCUUAAUGAAGAGAUAUCGCACUUGAGRUCCAAAGAAGAGAAAUCAGAACAGUAUAUGCGAAAGAUUACUGAUCUUGAAAAGGUUGUCAGUGAGAUGGAAUCCAAAGAUGAAUCCAAGGAUCUUAGAGACGAGCUUGAAGAGCAGAGAGUGCUUGUGCAAAAGUUGCAAACAAUUAUUAAAGAGAAGGAAACAGAAGUUAGUAGAAAAAUGUCAGAAUUGCAGAACAAUGCAAAUGGAAUACAGAAUGAAAACGAGCUAUUGCGAACAAAUUUGGAGCGCUUGGAGAAAGAGAAAGAAGAACAGGUUGCUGCAGCCGAGAAGAAGAUAACAGACUUGAAGGAAGACACUGAACGAAUGCAACGAGAGAACGAAGAACUCAAGAAAAAGUAUGAAGAAGAGAAUCAAAGGUUUGAAAAAGAGUUUGAUGACUUGCGAAACGAUAUGCGACAAGAACUGAGUCUACAGAGACUGAACUACGAAGAAACGAUAGCAAAGAUGAAAGAUACCAUUGAACAACUAGAAACUGAACGACAAGCAAUGGAAGACGAACAACAAGAGCUCCAAGAUAACCUAGRAAAGAUUCAAAGCAGCCAGAAAGCUGAACCCCUUAACAUUGCCAAUGAGAGUUUUAGUAUUUCGUCAGAGAAUAUCGACAUGAUUGGUGAAACCGAAGAAGAGUUGGAAAACACAGAAGGGUUGAAAUACGAUCAGUCCAUGAAAGGAAUCGUGGAAGAAUUUGAAAAUAAGGUUAAAGAACUUCAAGCGCAACUUGCUAAAAGUAAUCAAGACUUAACAGCAAAGAGUAACAGGUUGCAGUCGGUGAACGCCGAGAUGAAUGUCCUGCGAGAAAACCUUGAGAAUGAGAGAAGUGUAGUACAAAAUCUAGAGGAUCGAUGCCAGAGACUGAUCGAAAAACAUGACGCAGAAAUACAACAGUUGAGACAAAAGUUUCAAAAUGGAGCAGAAGAAUCGAUGAACGAUACGGCAGCUAGGGAAAAACAGGUUAAACAGGAAUAUGAUGACCUAAUUGACAACCUAAGAAACGACAAAGAAAACUUACUGGAGUCUAACAAGGGUUUUUCUGAGGAAGUCAACAUGUUGAAGAAGCAGCUAGAGGAUGUGGAACAACAGCUUGUAGAACAAGAAGCCAAACAUGUCGCUGAAGAAAUACAGAUAACUGAUGCCAGAAAUCAAACAAUAAAAUCGAUUCAAGAUGAGCUAAGUGAGAAAAACAAAGACAUUUCAAGUCUUACUUCAGUAUUGGAAUCUGAACGCAYUGAGCAUGCGCGCAAAAUACAGGACCUUGAAUUUCUUGUUGAACAAUUGAGUUCAAACGAGGACAAGGUCAAGGAUCUCGUUAAUGAAGUACAAAAACAGCAAAAAGAAAAUGGUUCUCUUCGGAACGAGCUUGCUGCAGAAAGACAAAGGAAUGAAGAAAGGAUUGCAGAGUUUGAACGAGAAGAAAGGACAAAAUCUGCCGAAAUCGAUAGCCUCGCCUCAAUGGUUGACACAGAAAGACGCGCGCAUAACCAGAAGAUYGAGCAGUUAGAAAACGAAAUAAAAAAGAAAGGUAGUGAAGUGAAGGCAUUAAGUUCAAUGCUAGAAAAGGAACAGACAAGCCACGAGAAAACCAUCAAAGACACUCRGAAACAUUUUGCAAAACUCUCGCAAGUUGAGAACAAAAACUAUUCACUAGAAGAAGAGGUCGAGACGUUAAAGUCGAAACUACGUAAAAUGAAAGCCCAAUUGUCGAGAAAAGAGCAAGAAAAUMACGAGCUGAUACAACGCAAUAAACAGCUGACAAUGGAUGAAGUAGAGGAGGUACAAAACCUUAACAGAUCGCUCACAGAAGCUGAGAUUCAUAAGGGAAAGCUGCUUGUAGAGGUGGAAAACUCCAAARAAGAACUACAAAAGACUCAAGAAAGAUACACGAAAACUAAAGAUAAGUUGAAGACGAUGAAGCAAAAAUGGCAAAAAGAUCACACCAAAUUGGAGGAAAUCUUACAAAGCCCUAGAGUGGAUAUGGCGCUACAAACCAACUUACUUGAACCCGAGGAGUUAGAAAAUGCAAAGAGCCAAUUGUCGGAUUCAAUGAGAGCGAACAGCAGACUAAUAGAUGAGUUGAAAGGUUCGAAGGAAGACUUAGACGGAUUUAAGAAUGAUAUGAAUGCUAUGAAGCGAGCCAACAACGUGUUGAUAAAACAGAACCAAGUGUUAUACUUGGAAACUGAGAGUUACAAGWACAUUUUGGAAAACUUGAAUUUGAAAAUGGACCAGCUACGAGAAGUGUCAAUCAAACUGACAAAAGACAAUGAAAACCUAAACCUCGAUAACAAAGAAUUAAGUGCAAAACUUGAAAAAAUUGAACUGGAUCUUAGUAGAGCAGAAGGAGAGAAAUCUYCUAUUGACGCUUUAAAUGAAAGUUCGAGGUCAGAACUGGAGRAAAAGAGAACGAAUUGUUGUAAGUUAGAAGAAGAAAAUGCGAGAAUCAAAGAUCAAAAUGAUUUUCUACUGUCUCAAGCCAAGCGUCUUCAGGAAACAGUAGACAAACUGGAAAACGAGAUCAAGCAAUUGAAACAUGAUUUAUUGGUUAAAGAAGUGGAUAUAAUCAAAAGAGAAAGAUUGGUCUCCGAGAUUCAAAGCGAAUCGAUGGAGCCCAGAAGAAUAACUAGUUCUCAGGCCCCACUCCUGGAACACCUGUCAAUCAACGACAGUGUGACGCAGAAGAAUUAUAGGAACGGUUUAACAGACCUAGAGGCUGAAAAGAAACCAGCCUUGGAUGGAUUAGGAAAUCAAACGACUGAUCUCGUGACUCAAAUCAAGUCGCUCAAGGAGUCAGUUGGAAGUGAAGGAGAUGGAGAUAAGGGAUAUGUUGGCAUCAAGAGCUACCAGGUCAUCGAGUGGGACACAAAUAAUAGACCUGAUGAAUCACAGCAGUUCAAACAAGCACCAGUCAAGACUUCGGAACCUUUAGAUGACAAUCAACUCGCUAAGAUCAAGCAACUGGAGUUUGAAUCAAGUAACUACCUUGGUUCUGCUUACUGGGACACCAUGAAUUUCUUGAAGACGAUGAAGUCAUCAACUUGAACCUUUUAUUUUCAUUAGUAGUGCGCACGGUCAGCGGUCUCGCUAAAAGAGCUCGUAAAGUUCCUUCCCUGGUUUUUGACGAGUCAUGCUGUAAGCAUGUGUUCAUUAGUAACAUUUACUCCGAUUUUCCUUGUAGUGAAUUUAGCUAGUUAGACUUAGCUUAGACUUAGCAAUCAGCUGGAAAAUCUUGCGAAUCUUAUUACCAGCCUACAUCAAACGUAGAAAAACUACCUCCAUGUAUGCGCAGUCAUCGAUGGAGUAUUUACAUGUACUCUUGCAACUUUGGCAGUCGGCUGGGAAGAACGCAAACGGACGACGGAAACUAGGUCUCUUGGAAGUAAGCCAUAUGGCGCGCGUUUGAAUCAUGUUAAAAUGCGUUUUGGAAGUAUUUAUUGUGACCGGUCAUUUAAAUACCUUUUAGUCUUUCCGGAGUGGCAGAACACGUUGCAUCAUUGGGCUGUUUUGGGGACGCUUUUUAAUACUUAUAUGGCGUCUUUUUCGCUUGCUGAUACUGGAAAGGGAUAYGAAACCUUUAUUGCCUUUUUUCGUGCAUGAUAUGCCAACUGAUGAAGCGACAGUCUAGAGAAAUUUUAGUUUGCGCAGAAACAAGUCGUGUUCAGAAGUAUAUCUAAGCAAGGAAAAYCCAUGACAAUCCAAGGAAAGCCUUCUAACGUCUUCAAGACUGGAUAAGAACGAACACUUACGCAGCGCUAGCGAUCCCAAGGCAAUAAAUUGAAACUAAGUGUGAAUAUUUGUUUAAUAGCGAGUAAAACUAGUAAGACAAGCGAUAGAAUUUACACAACAAACCCAUGAAAAAUAACAAUUUGUACUAAAUAGCACUGUAAAAAAAGGAUUUUUCACAACUUGGUACUGUUUAGAUUGAGAACGUUUUUACUGGUGAACUCUACACGAUUCAAUUGUGUAAUAAAAAAGAAUAUUGAA